CUCUGGGGAAGCACCCCACACUGGUUCGGGGAGAACUCAGCUGGUGGAGAUCCUCCGAUCGGAGCCCGGGGAGCUGCCCCGGAGCAGGGAUCGACCACCGCCCGCCUCUCCGGAGGGCGAGGGAAAGGCUCUACGGGGCUCUGGACACAGCAUUUACCCUGAGGAGGGAGCAGAGGGUAGAGGUGCGGAAGGGCGCUGCCUGCUCCUCUCUCUGCCCUCAGCGCAGGGGCAGAACACUUUUCCCUUGGAGCACCUUCUCUUCACAGCGAGGGGAAGGCAGCAGGGAACUUCCUACUGUGGCGAUGCUUGUCGCUCCAGGCCACGGGCUCCCGGGCGCUGGGCUGGCUCCUCGGGUGCCGGGCUGCCUGCCCGGAGGCUGGGAAGCAGCUCAGCCCGCAGAGGGAGGACAGCAGCGCUGCGCCCACCACCGCCAGAGCCAGCUGCAAUUUGAGCCGAGCCGAGAGGUCCCACUUCUGGACAAGGGCUGUGAGGGGGAGACAGCCCGGCCCCUCUCUGUUCUCGGGAGCGCAUGGGGUCAGCAUUGCGGGAUCAGGAGCUGCGGAGGAUGUGUGGGCCGUGUGAUGUUAGGAGAAGUCGAUGGCACUACCUGCCCUGGAACGGUGUCCGGAGAGAGGUCCAAGCUUUCCCAUUGCAAUAGUGGGUAUUUGAGCUCUGCUUCAGCUUCACCAGGCAGGAUGCAGGUUCGGAGUCUCUUCCUCCUCCUGGUGCUGAUCCUGGUGGCCGCCACCUCCGAGGCUGGCAAGAACAAGAAAGAAAAGACAAAGAAGGAUGGCUCUAAGUGUGAGGACUGGCGCUGGGGACCCUGUGUUCCCAACAGUAAGGACUGUGGCCUGGGCUACCGCGAGGGAACUUGCAAAGGUGAGAGUAAGAAGCUCAAGUGCAAGAUCCCCUGCAACUGGAAGAAGAAAUUUGGAGCUGACUGCAAGUACAAAUUUGAGAGCUGGGGAGGCUGCAGUGCUCAGACUGGCCUGAAGACUCGCUCCGGAAUCCUGAAGAAGGCCCUGUACAAUGCCCAGUGUGAGGAGACUGUCUAUGUGACCAAGCCCUGCUCCUCCAAGAUCAAGUCGAAGUCCAAAGCAAAGAAGGGCAAGGGGAAGGACUAGAGCAGGAAACCAGUGUCCUCAUCGGCCCCUCAACACGGUGUCUACAGGACUGGAUGUCCAAUUGUAGCUGGCUCACACUACAGUCUUCCUCCUCCUCUCCUUACUCCUUUCCAUGACCUCCUCUUUCACUGAGAUGCCUUGUUUUAAUCAUUAGUGUUGUAGAGAGCAAACCCACCCACCCUGCAGGAUAGGCUGCCUCCUUCCUUGCUGCCCCAUGGGCACUACCUGUGCAUCCUGCUCACCUCCUCUGGGCUGCUGUUGGGGUUCACUGGGAUGUGCUCAGAGAGCUGGGAUGGAACACACAUUUUUCCACCCUCCAGCACAAAUGAGUUGCCUUUAGCACAUACUUUUGCAAGCCCAGGAGCCUCCUUGCUCCUCCACCAGGUACCAGGGCCAGAGGGAAGGGCUGGGUGUUGAAUGCCUGAGUACCCCCAUCACUGAAGCUUCUCACUCAAGGACUGCACUCACCUCAGGGGAUUUAUUUCAGCAUCCCUUUGGCUGGGGCAUGACUUACCCACAGCAGCUGAGGAAAACACAACCAUCACCCUGAGAAAAAACUGUGUCUCCUCUCAUGUGUGUCCAUGCUGGGGCUGCAGUCCCUCUGCCUUUGCCAUGCCAACGCCAAUGCUGGGUGGGAGCUCUCCUUUUGGAAUUUUUCUUUUUCUUUUCCAAUAAAAAUCUUUUUUAAAAAAGUAUCAGAAUUCCCCUGUUGUCCCCACAAGGUGCUG